AUGAAACAGGCCUUUAUAGCUGUUGAAAACGGAUUAUGCCAUAAAGCAUGCUGCACUCGUGCCGUUGGCGAUCUUUCCUGCCUUUUUAGUUUGAUACUUGGAAUAUGCACCUUAAUGGUAAGCUUAAUGGCAAUUUACACGCACGGCGAAGUGACUAGAACAUUUGGAAUCAAUCUUUACUACGGAAUGUAUAUCGUUCUUUUCGCAAGUCUCUGUACCAUAUGGACUGCCUUCCUAGGCAUGUGUGGAAUGUCAGCCAAAAACAGAUUCUUCGUUAUUGUGCUUGUUGCAGGAUCAAUCCUUCUCAUUAUCAUCUUACUAAUCGGCCUUCUUCUUGUUCUCUUAUUCCCCUAUUUGGCCGGAGAUAAUGUUGGGGCGGUGAUGUUAAAAAAUUUGAAGGACAACUAUGGAACCUUGGCAGUUAUCACCACAUCAUGGGAUUAUCUCCAAGGCUACCUUCUCUGCUGUGCAGUUGAAGACAAUGGUUGGAGUGCUUGGCGCGACUCCAAAUGGUUCCUGGACGAAAAUUCAGUGCUCUUGGACGAUACACAGACCAUUCCAGCCUCCAACCCGGCCUACCGAAUGGUGCCCAAGUCCUGCUGCUACAGGAAACUGGAUUACUUGACGCGCCAACUAACUGAUGAAUAUGAAAACCUCGACCGGUGUCAAAAUUGGCAAUACGGACCCCCAAAGUUUACAACCGGAGCGCACAACGACGCCAUAUACUAUAGAGUAAGAUUGGACAGAGCCUAA